ACAGAGCCCGGGCGCGCGCAGUCAGCCGCUGCCGGCCAGUGAUGCUGCGCUGUUCGGGGAAAAACGAGUUCACUCGUGCAGUGGGGCUUCACAGCAUGGACAGGCUGCACCCUGGGUGGAUGCACGGCCGACAGCCAGCACACCUGACUCUCUCUAUCAGCCCGGCGUUCUACAUGGCGGAGCAGUUCUGGAAGACUAAUAAGCUAAUGUUUUGAAGAUAAAAAAUGUAGUCUUACAUUCAGUUCCUGGAGAAAACACAUUGACAGUGGGCUUUGAAACAGAAACAAAAUACACUAUUUUGAAUAUUAUUUAAAUUGUUUUUUUUCUUUUUCGAUUAACCAGGACAUAAGCAGGAUCCCCAUUAUGGAUUGGACACUGGAUGUGAUGAACCCGACCAAUGCCCGCGCCGUGUUACUGGCCUGUGUGACGUUGCUGUUCUCCCUGCACCUGUGGCGCUGGCUGCGGCAGCGGGCGAUCCCGUGCCCGCCCGGCCCGCUCGCCUGGCCGCUCAUCGGGAACGCGUCGCAGAUGGGCAACGCGCCGCACCUGUACUUCACGCGAAUGGCAAAGAAAUACGGCAACGUCUUCCAGAUUAAACUGGGCUCUCUGCCCGUGGUAGUCCUAAACGGGGACUCCAUUAAAGCAGCACUGGUCAACCAGGGAUACGAUUUCGCUGGAAGACCGGACUUUACUUCCUUCAAGUACAUCUCCAACGGGGCCAGCAUCGCGUUCGGCACCUUGACGGACUGGUGGAAGAUGCACCGUAGAGUGGCUCAGUCCACUAUCCGUAUGUUUUCCAACGGUAACCCGAACACCAAAAAGACUUUUGAGCACCAUGUCCUAUGCGAGAUCAAAGAGAUGUUGCAGCUGUUCGUGGAGAAAACCAAAGAGCAUAUAUAUUUCAAGCCCAUGACUUAUCUUGUGGUGUCCCAGGCCAACAUCAUGAGUGCGGUGUGCUUCGGGAAAAGGUACUCCUAUGAGGACGAGGAGUUCCGGCAGGUGGUGGGCAGGAAUGACCAGUUCACCCAGACAGUGGGGGCGGGCAGCCUGGUGGACGUGAUGCCCUGGCUCCAGUACUUCCCCAACCCUAUCAAAACCGUAUUUGACAAUUUCAAGAAGCUCAACCGGGAGUUCAGCGAAUUCAUUGGAAACAAAGUGAACGAGCACAGGAAAACAAUCCAGCCGAGCAUCAUCCGAGACAUGACGGAUGCUUUCAUAGUGACGCUCGAUCAACUGAGAGAGAAAGCGGGGCUUUCUUCAGGGAAAGACGACGUGACCCCCGCCAUGGUGGAUAUAUUUGGAGCCAGUCAAGACACACUUUCAACUGCACUGCAGUGGAUCGUCAUCCUACUUGUCAAGUAUCCUGAGACGCAGGUGCGUCUCCAGCAGGAGGUGGACAAGGUGGUGGGCCGCAGCCGGCUGCCCUCCAUCGAGGACCAGCUGCACCUUCCUUACAUAAUGUCCUUCGUCUACGAGGUGUUGCGCUACACCAGCUUUUUGCCGCUCACCAUCCCCCACUCCACCACCACCGACACCUCCGUCAUGGGCUACAGCAUACCAAAGAACACAGUUGUCUUCAUCAACCAGUGGUCCAUCAACCACGACCCUGCCGUCUGGUCCCACCCGGAAAACUUUGACCCACAGCGUUUCCUGGACCAGAACGGAGCGCUGAACAAGGACCUGACCACCAAUGUGCUCAUCUUCUCCCUGGGCAAGCGGCGGUGCAUUGGCGAGCAGCUGUCCAAGCUGCAGCUCUUCCUCUUCACGGCGCUUAUCGGCCACCAGUGCCACAUCACGGCCGACCCAGCCAGGCCCGUCACACUGGACUACAACUACGGUCUGACUCUGAAACCGCACCCCUUCUCCAUAGCUGUGACUCUGCGUGACGAUAUGAGGCUGCUGGAUUCGGCGACCAGGCCGGCUGGCGCAGAGGACGUCAAAGGCACGCCCUCAUCAGACUCAUGAACAGAAAAUGAAACACAAAACUGUAAUAAGCUAAACAAAUAAGGCUGAAACACAAAAAGACUUCUGAACUAUAUAUUUGUGGGCUGAAAACUAUAUUUAUAAGCUAAAAUCUUAAUCUUCUUUAAAAAAAAUAAAACUCAGAAUGGUAACACAUCUUCACCUCAAGCAGGAAAACACUCGCAAAUUCUGCGUGUUUUAAAUUCUGGAUCACUGCUAAAAACUGUAAAAAAAAA